AGCUAACGCCGCGUGAGCCCGUCCUGUACCCGUACCCCAGGCUGAGGGGGGGUCUUCAGAGACAGACACACCGCGCUGUGUUUAUUUUGGAAAAGUCAAGCAGCCUGCACAACACAGAAGACAACAGCUAUAACUUUGAAUGAAGAAAACCAUUUGAAGCCAUCACGCUAGCAGCAUGGCUCUGUGGACGGCAAUGUUGGUCUGCUCAGUCGGCCGAUCAUUUUUGUCAGUACUGAAAUAUCUCAACAACUAUUGGAUGAAUGGCCGUGGAGUUUUGUACAGACGUUCAUCAUUCAUGAUUCCUCGAGGAUGGAUCUUACCGACUUUGGUGACCCCCCGGACUUUCACACUAUGAGGUUCACAUUUGUGGUUGUGGAUGUUUGUUUUAAGCCGCACAUGGCCUGUAUUCUGCUGACAGACAUGGACCCACCUGUCUCCGGUCCCACAGCACAUCUUAAUGGCCACCUCCCUGACUUCGACCCAGCCACUGGACUUGACCCCAAGCAGGACACGGAUGCCUCCUGCCUGACUGUCCACCUUUACUACCUGGGAAAAGAUGGAGGAGGUGUUGAUACAGAACACGGUUCAGAAAGUGCGCUCACGUAUCCACCUGGGGAAUACAUAGCAGAAGAACUGUGCAUCAGUGCAGCGAAAGCAUGUGGGAUUGCUCCGGUGUACUGCAGCUUGUUUGGCCUGAUGAAGGAAAGUGACAGGAUAUGGUUCCCUCCUAAUCACAUCUUUAAACUAGACCAGGCAGCCAGUGAGAGCCUGCAUUUCAGAAUCAGAUACUAUUUUCCUGGCUGGUAUAACAGCGGCAAUUCAUUGUAUUCCCAUCGCUACAGCGUUUCCAAGGGGAUGGAGAGCCCUGUGAUGGAUGAUUGUGUUAUGGCAUACCAAUUUCUUCAGUGGCGUAGCGACUUCCUGAAUGGCUGGGUUCCUAUUCCGGUGAGCCAUGAGGCCCAGGAGGAGUGUUUGGGCAUGGCGGUGCUAGACAUGAUGAGGCUCGCCAAAGAGAAUGGUCAGUCCCCCGUGGACAUCUACAAUGAUACCAGCUACAAGUCCCUCCUGCCGAGAUGCAUGCAAAGCCGCAUCCAGGAAUAUAACAUCUUAACUCGGAAGAGGAUCCGCUAUCGCUUCAAGAAGUUCAUCCAGCAGUUCACUGAAUGCAAGGCCACGGUGUGUAACCUCAAGCUCAAAUACCUGAUAAACCUGGAGAUGCUGCUUCCCUGCCUCUACUCGGAGCGCUUCCAAGUCACAGACCUCUCUGCACGCGAGGUUACCAUCGUUGUCACGGGCGACACGGGCAUCCAGUGGUCAAAAGGGAAAGGGGAGGAGGAAGCAGAGGAGGAGCUGCAGACAUACUGUGACUUCCCCGAGGUGAUCGACAUCAGCAUCAAACAGUCCAAUCAGGAAGGCUCUGUGGAGAGUCGCAUAGUUACCCUCACCAGACAGGACAACCAGAUCCUGGAGCUGGAGUUUCGUUCGCUGCCAGAGGCCCUGUCCUUUGUGUCAUUAAUUGAUGGGUAUUACAGACUGGUUGCAGAUGCCCAUCAUUAUCUGUGUAAAGAGGUGGCUCCACCAAGACUUCUGGAGUGCAUUCAGAGCUACUGCCACGGCCCUGUGUCGAUGGAGUUUACCAUCAGUAAACUGCGUCGCUCUGGUAACCACCAAGGCCUGUACAUCCUUCGCUGCAGCCCCAGGGACUACGACAAAUACUUCAUGUCCUUUGUGGUGGGGUAUGAAGCUACGGUGGACUAUAAGCACUGUCAGAUCGUGAAGAUAGAGACAGGAGAGUACAAUCUGAGCGGUGCGAAGAGGAACUUCGGCUCACUCAGAGAACUUCUGCACUGCUACCAAAAGGAGGCGCUCCGCACUGACAGAUUCACUUUCCAGCUGACCAGGUGCUGCUCGCCCAGCCUCAAAGAUAAAUCCAACCUGGUGGUGUGUAGGAAUAAUCGCGGGGCGGAUGUUCCUCUGUCUCCCUCGCUCCACAAACACAACAUCAGCCAGAUGGUCUUCCACAAGAUCCGAAAAGAGGACCUCGUCAUUAAUGAGAGUCUGGGCCAAGGAACUUUCACCAAGAUUUUCUGCGGUGUGAGGAAGGAGCUGGGAGACUAUGGAGAGAUACACCAGAUAGAUGUCGUUAUCAAGAUCCUGGACAAGGCUCAACGCAACUAUUCAGAGUCCUUCUUUGAAGCAGCCAGUAUGAUGAGCCAGCUCUCCCACAAACACUUACUCCUCAACUAUGGCGUGUGUGUUUGUGGCAAUGAGAACAUGAUGGUGCAGGAGUAUGGUAAAUAUGGUUCGCUGGACACCUACCUGAAAAAGAAUAAAAGCUGUGUGAACAUCACCUGGAAGCUAGAAGUGGCCAAGCAGCUCUCCUGGGCUAUGCACUACCUGGAGGAAAAGAACCUCAUUCAUGGAAAUGUUUGUGCCAAGAAUGUGCUUUUGAUCAGAGAGGAGGACCGGCUGACGGGCAGCCUGCCCUUCAUCAAACUCAGUGACCCGGGUAUCAGCGUCACCGUGCUGCCCAAAGAAGUUCUGGUGGAGCGUAUCCCAUGGGUGGCCCCCGAGUGCAUUGAAAACCCCCAAAACCUGAGUUUAGCCAUGGACAAGUGGAGCUUUGGGACCACCCUUUGGGAAAUCUGCAGUGGCGGAGACAAACCUCUCAGCACCCUGGACUGCUCCAAGAAGAACUUGUUCUAUGAGGACAGGCACCAGCUGCCGGCUCCUAAGUGGACAGAGCUGGCCAAUCUGAUUAACAGCUGUAUGGACUAUGAGCCCUCACACCGACCCUCCUUCAGAGCAAUCAUCAGAGAUCUCAACAGCCUCUUCACACCAGACUAUGAGCUGCUGGUGGAGAGCGACAUGGUGCCCAACAGGACAAGAGGCUUCGGCUUCCCGUGGGCCUCCGAGAGCCAGGAGCCCGCACAGUUUGAGGAGAGGCACCUCAUCUUUCUCAAGCAGCUGGGCAAAGGAAACUUUGGUAGCGUGGAGAUGUGCAGGUACGACCCCCUGCAGGACAGCACAGGGGAUGUGGUUGCCGUGAAAAAACUACAGCACAGCACAGCCGAGCACCUUAGGGACUUUGAGCGGGAAAUCGAGAUCCUCAAAUCCCUCCAGCAUGAAAAUAUUGUCAAAUACAAAGGAGUCUGCUACAGUGCAGGACGAAGGAACCUACGGCUGAUCAUGGAGUACCUCCCCUAUGGCAGUUUGAGAGAUUAUCUCAUCAAACACAAGGACCGCUUUGAUUUCAACAAACUGCUGCACUAUGCAUCACAGAUUUGCCAGGGGCAUGACUACCUUGCCACUAAGCGGUACAUCCACAGAGACCUGGCCACGAGGAACAUUCUGGUGGAGAGCGAUAGGGUGAAGAUCGGUGACUUCGGCCUGACCAAGGUGCUGCCGCAGGACAAAGAGUACUACACUGUCAGGGAGCCCGGGGAAAGCCCCAUCUUUUGGUAUGCUCCAGAGUCGCUGACAGAGAGCAAGUUCUCUGUGGGAUCAGACGUUUGGAGUUUCGGUGUUGUCCUCUACGAACUCUUCACUUACAGUGACAAGAAAUGCAGCCCACCUGCGGUGUUUAUGGACAAAAUGGGGAAUGAAAAGCAAGGCCAGAUGAUCGUCUACCAUCUGAUAGACCUGCUGAAACAGGGAUAUAGGUUGCCUGCUCCUGACAAUUGUCCAAAGGAGAUUCUCAAGAUUAUGACAGAUUGCUGGAGCGGUGAACCGAAACUGCGCCCUUCUUUCAAGACAUUAAUCCACAGUGUGGAGACUGUACGAGACAGCAUGGACGGACGAGCCGCAUUGACCCAUGACCAUUGACCUUUAGGUGUCCACACCCGGGAGUCAGUCCUUACGGAUGUUAACCGAACACCGAAUGUCUUCGUGAUGUCUGGGUUUACUGCAGCGAUGCAUAGUCUGAUGUAGACUUGUUUUUCUUUUGCUGUUCCGCAUAUCUGUUAGCUUAUUUAACAUUUACUCGAUUCUGUGUUUUCUGCACUGAUGUAGCGCCGAAAAUCCUUUUUUGAGUGGUGUUUGCUAUGACUACACAUCGUACCACAUAAAAAGGGUCAGACUUUAAAUAAAUGUUUGGUAAGUCAAUAUCUAUAUCGCCGAAUGAGGUAACACAACGGCGAUUGAGCCUAUGAGCCAACUGAUGAAAGCAUUUGCAGUACUAUGGAGCGGGUGUCUGUGGCGACAUUCCAGGGAAACAUUAUAAACGCCGCACAGAAGGGAAGGGAGAUCUAAAAACGCCAUAGUAAACAAAACAUAAAUCUUGUAACUAAAUGUAACUUUUAGACAAAUCAACUUAUUUGUGCAAACAAUCAAAUCCAUCAGAGAGAACUGGGUAUCUAGUGGUGUCACAUGAUGGACUCAUACAGUAUCUUUGUUGUUUGAGAUUAUGAUCUUGCCUUUGUAAUUAGUAACGGGUAUAUUUAUAAAAACAGUGAAUGCUAUGCGAGGUUAUGCUGUCUGCCUGUAGAUACCUUACGUGAUCAUUUAUUCACUGAACGUGGGGGAAAAGUAAUGAAGGGAGAUGCUUUUAUUUUGUACAGUGGCUUACUGUUUUAUUUCAAACUUCUUUUGACCAUUUAAAGUUGUUAAGGAGCUUGUGUGUAUGUUGAAUAUGUGUUCUCAUGUGCAUUACUUUGUCAGCCACACAUUUAUCAGUUUACAGGGUUUGUUCUUUAAAAUUGUAUUUACAUUUUUAAUCUUUAUGUACCAAACAUUAUUGACUGAAGAAGGCAGGUCGGUCAAACUUAGUCCCUGAAUAGAAUCUCAUUUUGAAUCUUAAAAAAAAGUUUUUCAUAUUUCUUUAUGGCAGGCCUCACACUCACACACGCACAAAUGUUCAAAGGAUGGACGUUCUCUCUAUGAGUCUCUGUAAAGAGCAAAGUUCUCUAACUUAUGAACACAACAUAGCUACACUCUAACCUCGGGGCAGUAUCACGCCAAGCUGAAUACUUUGUUUACAUCAAGUCUGUUGUGAAUGAGAGAUUAUCAGUUUCUUCAGAAUUGCUAAAUAAUGCCAAGAUAGAAAAUGUUGCUCGCUUACGGUUAUAUUUUUUCCCUCCCCAGAUGUUGUACUCAUACGACCAUUAUUGUGAUAUAUGUACAUUGGUGUGUGUGUGAAACCAAAUAUGAUUAUUUUGUGAAAUAUGUAUAAUACUUUUAUCCAAAGACUUUCAGGAAAACUGGAUGUUUAACCAGAUUUAACUGGUUAUUGCCAUUUAUUUCAAUUUGAGUUUGUUGCAGUGUGAAUGACGUUAAGCCUAAAUGAAGUCAUCUGAUGGAAACAUGCAGCUACAUUUAAUACAUUUAUGUGUAGAUAGAUGUAAAUAUUGAAACCUGGAUAUGUAGUAUAUUCCAGGUGUGUAUAUAAUUGUAUUAAACUAAACGUAUUGUAGUACAUAUGGCUUGCUUUUCACAUAAAGUUAUUUCUAGUCAAUA